UGGCAAUAGUUCCCCUCCCGACUCCCGAACAGAUUUCGUCCGCGUCUGCCGCGUAACUCAACGAUGGAGUUCACAACACGGUGUCAACGCGUGAGAUCCAACAGUUUUAUUUAGAAGCCUGAUCAGACACGACCGACCAUCCACGGGCAUCGAUUUCCAGCGUGAGAACGUCGGCUGCCUGAGGAUACGAUCGUGAGACGACGACUUCCUCUCACGCAGGAGAAAAUGCUCGGCCACGUAUAACGACGUUCGAUAAGCAGUUACGUGGGUAUCAUAAUGACGAGGUGACACCUGGUUCUGCCAUGCGGAACAGGUCAGUCACUUUUAUUUUUGGCUCUCUUGUUCUGUGGGGUCUGAUCACGUACUUCAUGAUCUCAGAUCAACCGGUGGAGAAGGAAAAAGACACGGCUCGGGUGUCCGGUCAGAUUAGCAAAUUGGAGAGGAGAGUGAAACAAGAGAUAGCACUGAAUCAAGAACUACUGCAAGAUAUCAAAGAAGAUAAGCAACGUAAAAAAGACGUAGAUACUAUAAACGCGAAUGCAGAGCAGAAACAGGAGAAUGCGCGCGAUGUCAAUCAAAAUAAGAUUCUCCCUGAAAAGGAGGAAAAGGAUAUAGAGAAGAAUGAUGACAAGAACGUGCAGCAGCCUCCAGUGGAGCCUGCACAUACUAGCGAGACCUCUCACAAUGUUCCUACAAAGGGGAAGCUACCAAACGGAUCUCCGAUAAUAGCGGUUUUGGUGUUCUCUUGCAAUCGUAUUACUGUACAAAGAUGUCUGGAUCAAUUGAUAAAAUACAGGCCCGACGCGGAGCAAUUCCCGAUCGUCGUCUCGGAGGACUGCCAGCAUCGGCAGACAGCCGACGUUAUCGCUAAAUACGGAAAUCAAAUAAUGCACAUUCAGCAACCCGAUCAAUCGGACAUCGAAGUACCUCCGAAGGAGAAGAAGUUCAAAGGGUAUUUCAAAAUUGCACGCCACUACGGAUGGGCUCUCAAUCAUAUGUUCUUUCAGCUUGGAUACGAAACUGUGAUAAUAGUCGAAGAUGACUUGGACAUAGCCCCAGAUUUUUUUGAGUAUUUCCUGGGCACAUAUCCUUUGCUAGCGUCUGACGAUUCCCUGUGGUGCGUCUCGGCAUGGAACGAUAACGGGAAAGCCGGUUUGGUCGACGAGAGCGCGGCGCAUGUAUUGUAUAGGACAGAUUUUUUUCCCGGACUGGGUUGGAUGCUGACGCGUGAAUUGUGGACCGAACUCUCGCCGAAAUGGCCCAAAUCAUACUGGGACGAUUGGAUAAGGCAGCCUGAGCAACGUCGAAACAGAGCCUGUAUUCGACCGGAGAUAUCGCGAACCAGAACGUUUGGGAAGACUGGAGUGAGCAAUGGGAUGUUCUACGAAAGGCAUUUGAAGUAUAUCAAACUGAACACGCAGUUUGUGCACUUCACAAAAAUGAAUCUGACCUACUUAUUAAAAGAUAAUUACGACAUAAAUUUCGUUAACGAGGUUUACCAGUCGACGGUCGUCAGUUUCUCGGAAUUGAAAACAGGGAAGGUCGUAGCAUCGGGCGCCGUACGGAUUCCGUAUUAUUCGAGGCAAGCGUAUAAGAACACUGCCAAGCAGUUUGGACUGAUGGACGACUUCCGGAGCGGAGUACCGAGGACCGGGUAUCGGGGCGUGGUGACAUUCUUUUACAAAGGUAGACGAGUACACUUGGCACCUAGCCCGAACUGGAACGGUUACGAUAUAACUUGGAGCUAACAGAAGAUGCGACGAUACGUUCUUUCGUUACUACGGCUCAAACGACUAAUUGCUUCCAAGCCGUUCGUCGGAACUCAAACGAAUGUUCUACUUACGUCGAAGACGACGACGAAUCCAUGACACGAACGGUGUUGUCGAUUUAAAAGUAUUACGAGUUGGACGCGGGAUAUUAAUCGGGCAGUGCAGCAGGCUUGCAAUUUUACGUGUAGAAAAUUUUCUCAGCGAGAUUUGAAUAAGCAUCGUUACGUGAUGAGAGACGUGCAUAGUGCCUCGAGACUCGUACCCACCGUUUGUACACACUGAAUUGUAAAACGACUGAGGCGAAAGACUUCAGAUCAUUCGAGCAAUUUUAUUUCCCCACAUUCUCUUCCAUUUUAUUUAGAGUGCUAUUAUAGGUUUUAUAAAGUUUCUACCUUCUUCCAAGAUGUUUGGACUAUCACUCGGUCAUUUGUCGUGUCUUUACGUUGCGCGAACGAUCUGAAAUCUUUCCAUCGUGUACAUAAUGUUUAUAUAUAUACAUAUAUAUAUUACACAAUGUACGAUUAAUUGAGAGUUCGAUGUAAGCUACGUUCGUAUUUUAUUCUUUUGCUUACUUCCGGGAACACGUGGAGCAUUUUGUGAUUUAUUACUUUCGAACAAUAUAAGCAAAGAAUCGAAAUAUAAAUGGUGCGAAUUCAUUGAACCGUUUACGUGAUAUCGUUUGUAAGAACGCGUCGAUGAAGCAUGAAGAGAUCGACUAAGCGAGUCGAUCAUCGUUCCCGAUUUCUUUCGGGGCAACGACGAACGAAUGUUCUAUUAAUAAAAAAAAAAUUGAUAAGCAUAAA